UCCUCUGCUGGAAAAAUGAUGCUCAGUUGCAUUGAGUAAAGAUCAGCUACAAUAUGUCUGUCUCGACAGAUGUUUCCAGUACUCCUAUUAACUUGUACUGCAACGAAACACCCAGUGUUGCACUUUGCUCAAGAUGCACUGAAUUGGAUGCUAAAGCGCAUGCUUCCUACCGGUUUAAGCCUGAAACAGCCUAUCUUUCUGUCAGCUAUUUUCAUUGCUUCAUACUAUCUCGUCCUUUGCAGCAAGGUAAAGGAUGGCCCCUGCAGCUAUUAGCAGUAGCAUGCCUAUCUCUAGCAGCAAAAUUGGAGGAAACAAGAGUCCCAUCUCUUUUAGAGAUACACAUUAAUGAAAGAAUAGUACUGGAAAUACUAUGCUGAAAUAGAUUAAUUAAUUAACAUUUUUUUCCAAAGAGAUAGGAAUACAAAGAAAUCAAUAUCCCUGACGAAGAUAGAACAGCUUAAUAUGGAUGGGCAUGGAUGUGAAUCUUUAUCUGUAUGCAAUGCAACUUCUACUAUUUUAUAUUAGAUCUUGUUUUUUAACA